UGCAAGUGGUCCGCACAGAUUCAGGCUACUAUUAUCAUAUCUCAGCUCUAUUGGUGUUCAACCCGUCUUUGUCGUCUUCGUCUUCUCUCCUCUCCAGUUCAUCGGUCCGAAGUCAGCAAAGACAAAUUUGACCACUUUUUCCCGCACGAUUGAACUAUCCACUCGCUCCGUUACCCAAGCUCAUCUACAUGUUCUCUUAGGAGCUCAGCAGUAUCGUCAUCGUUAUCGUCAUCCGAGUCUUCGUCACUGUUUGAUGAUUGAUGAAUGAAACAAAGGUGAGGGCGAGGGCGACGUUGAAAUGGGCGAUGAUGAGAAGAAUAAGUGGAAGAGAGUCGUUAGCCAGGUCAAACUAUAUUUUGCCGAUUCUAACCUUCCCUACGACAAUCUUUGUCGAAUUCACCGAACCAAGCGGCGUCAACACAUUCUUGAUCCUCAUCUUUGUUCGACGCCGGGCCCAAAGGGGCGGGGAUCAUGUGGUGGUUUUGUGGAUGGGUUAGUGGGCGCGUCACCGUACUCCUUGACAUGCAGCGACAUGCAGCAGCUGUCACUCGUAAGGUUCAAAACUUGCUGUUUCAAUGUCAAAUACAUUUGUUCCUGUCUAAUUUAUUCGUUUGAAGCAAGUCAUGUAAAGUCAAUAAUUGAAUGUCCAAAGGGCUACCAAACGCUGGAAGC